AUGGCGACACAGCCAAAGAGCGGCGUCCAAUCUUCAAUCCACAAGCGUCCAUCUCAUUUUCGUGGAAACGAGGAUGAUUCUCGUCAAGAUUCCUCCCCUUUUUCCGUUAUCGGAAUUGCGUUGGUGGUCGAUCAACGAGGAAAGGGGGCCCGAAUGGUAUUGCGCUAUCCCACAUCGCCUGUGCAGUUGGAGGACGAGGAUAUUUUCUUUCGACUUGAGUCAAGGCAAAUGGCCAAGCUCUUUCGACCAAAGCCAUCCUUAUGCGGCCAACCGAUGACGCUAUCGGUUGGUGGAACCGUCUUUUGUUGUCGAGCAGUGCUAAUGCAAGACGAUGUAUUGGGAUCCAGCAAUCCAGCUCCAGAAGUUUUCGAGGAUGGCCACGAUGACAGCGACGACCUAGUUUUGUUUAGCGUGGUUGUGGCACUAGCGCCGCAGAUUAAAACGACGUCCCUUCCCAUCACGGGAUGGUUUGAGAGCAACGCCCGGGAAAAAAUGAAACAACAUAGACAGUCACAGAUUCAUAAAUCACUGUCGAUGCUUGAAGGCAAAUUCGCUGCCAGCAGCCAUGGUGGCAAGGCAUCAGCGUCGUUUCUCAGUAUACGUCGGGUACAUGUUUCUUUGACCCGACUUUGUCGGGCAUUGGAACGCGAAGAACGUCGUUGUCGAUACGUUUCUCUUCAAGCCAACUUGUUUCAUCAGCUCCGGCACGAUUUGUACAAGAAGUACCAAGAACACGUCAAGACUUCGAAGCCACAAACCACGGCGGCCGCAGUAAGUCCCGUUUCUAUGACUUCCAAAACGCUGCCCAAUGACCGAUCGAACGCAAUGCGGCAUCGUCGGAGUAACUCAUUCAUUAGUGUACCGUAUGAUCAUCGUUCUGAGACGACCAUGUCUUUGAGGAACCACAUCACAAGUGCUGCUAAUGCUUGCGCUGAAGCAGACAAAGACCUUGAUGCCGUUGAAAAAGAACAGGAAUUAUUGGAAAUAAUGGUAGCUGCAAAUCCUCCAGCGCACUCCGAUACCGGUUUUGCACACCAAGGAAAUUUGGCUCGAGAACUCUUGCAAACGUAUCAUGCACUAGCCCGGAAUAAUGACUUCCCUCCUACAGCACUCGAUAUAUUGACGUCCCGUGAAGCAAUUGUUUACGUCAAUAGACAUGUUGCAGUUGCUAUUGAAUCCGUCCGCCUCAUACACAAUUUGUCCUGCGACACUAAGUUUGUGGUCCGUCCUUUCGAAACCUUACUUUUUCCAUACUCGUCGCCGUCCCAGUUGCUUGAAUCUAUGCUCGGUGGCGUAAAAGGAAAUCCCGGUACAAUGCCCCACCGUCUGCAACAAUUAUUGCUGCGAAUGAAUCCGCAAAAACCCCUUAGCGAAAUUGCCAUGGAAGCCAGCGUCCCACUACAGACUGCAACAGAGAUCGCGACUCAUUUGGUGGGGCAGGGGGCAUGUGUCGUGUCGCCGAUCCUUUCUCCAUCCUGUCGGCUUGCAUGUGUUCAUGUAGAUCAAAUACAUAGCUCAGGCUUGGCGUUUUCCCACCACUUUGGACCGGAAGUGCCAAUAUUUUUGGUGGUCAGUGUAUUAACGGAUGCGGAACGAACGCUAGGGGAAUCUUUGAAACUGGUGUCGUCGUCAGGGGCGAGAAGGACAUCGAGCUGUCCAGCGCGCAUACUUUCGGAAUGCAUCCGGAACUCUCUUCCGCAUCGGGUAGCUCUAGUUUCGAGUGUUCCAACCUCGGACAUAUCUCCGGUUGUGGCGGGCACCUAUGGGGAUGGCUCUGUCGAUACGAUAGGUCAGGAAAGGCGACGAGAGAUGGAAGAAGUCGAAAAACGCCUCUUCCGCAUGGCAACCUGGCUACGGGCACACAAAGUACUGGUUCAUCUGCAGGAAUUUUUAAUCUCCGUGCCACCAUCUUCGCAACAUUCGGAAAGUAAGGAAACGAAACCCGAGAAAGAAGAUCAUGAGAAUGAGGAGAAGGUGGAUAGUGGUGCUCGGCCAGUCGAGCCUCUAGCUGAUGAUCUCUUGUACCAAGAGCUAGAGGAUACUGACUGUCUGCAAGGCCAAAUAUCAUUGCAAGAAUGUGCCUGGAGACUAGGGUUUGAAAUUACAAAGCUCCGAAUGAUGGCCCAACGGCACGACCGCAUUCGGAUAGUGAUUCGAAUAGCAGAGAUUGGGGAUGACCAACACGACGAUGCCUGA